GAUAAAUUGCAGCACCUCCUUGCCUGAGCUCAGAGUUCAGCUCCCUCAGAGAGGCAGAGCAGCAAGGAAGAGCCCUCCCAGAGCCACCAUGCUGACUGCAAAGACAGCCCUGCUGCUCGUGGUGCUCCUCACCCUCUCCCCAUGCCCUGAUGCAGCCCCUUACACUCCGUGCGAGUGCUGCUUUGACUACGUAAAGGGUGCUCUUCGGCUGGACAUCCUCGUGAGUUUCUACUCAACUCCCAGGGAAUGUUAUUCCCCAGCAAUUGUGUUUGAGACCAAGAAAGGAGCCAAGGUCUGUGCAAACCAAGAGGAGAAGUGGGCCUUCAAACAACCAACAUGCACUGAUUUGCUCUAUGAAGAACUGAUAGUGGAGGCAUCUGCUAAUGCUUCUGGGCGUGGAGAGAGCCACAGACACCGGGCAGGGCGGCACAGAGGACGGAGGAAGAGCCACCCCACAGCCACCAUGCUCGCUGCCAGGACUGUCCUGCUGCUCAGCCUGCUGCUCACCUUCUCCCUGCACCACGCCACAGCCCACUUUGCACCCGUGGAAUGCUGCUUUAAGUACGCACAGAAACGCAUCCGACACCCUCAAAGCUUCUACGAGACAUCCAAAGACUGCCCCAAGCCUGCAGUUGUGAUUGUGGCUGCCAAUGAUGAUCACAUUUGUGCCGACCCCAAGAAGGACUGGGUGGAUAAAAUCGUAAAACGGCUUCAAAGGAAAAAAUUGAAUCCAUCCACUGUCUGACUCGCCUGUGCAGCCCUCCUGUCCCUCGAGGGAGCCAAGGGUGCUGGCAGCUCUUCUCCAACGGGUGCUGUGGCCGUGGGGACUGUCCCUGCAGGAGGAGCCAGCCUGUACCCGGCAGGAUCACGAGUCACAGUGCCACGGACCAGCCAGAUACCAAGCUCCUCCUGCUGUCACUGCCCUGCCAGGAUGUGCCUGGGGAGCAAAUAUUUAUAAUAAAGACUCAUUGCCACAAGCUGCUGUUUGAAUUUC